AUGUCCGAACGUAAGGUUAUUAACAAAUACUUCCCGCCGGACUUCGAUCCGUCCAAGAUCAAGCGGCGGAAGAUUGGCAAAAACCCUCAGAUGGUGGUGACUCUCAUGGCUCCAUUCUCCAUGCGAUGCAAACGUUGUGGAGAAUACGUCUAUAAAGGCAAGAAAUUUAAUGCAAGGAAAGAGACAGCUGUUGGAUUUGAAUACUAUGGGAUCAAAGUCUUCAGAUUCUACAUCAAAUGUCCGGUCUGCAGCUCCGAGUUCACCUUUCGCACUGAUCCGAAGACGGCAGAUUUCAUCGUGGAAGAAGGAGCGACGCGAAACUUUGAGAAUUGGAGCGAAGCAGACCCGACAGGAAAGAGAACAUUUGUGCCGGACGCCGCCGCAGACGACGAUUAUGAUAGUGAUGGGAAUUUGAUCGAAGGGCGAGGAGAGAAAGAUGCCAUGGCGGACUUGGAGCAAAGUCAGGAGCAGAGUCGGAGAGAGAUGGAGAUGAUGGAUGAGCUAGCGGAUCUCAGACAACGGAAUGCUAGGAUGGAACAGUCAAACGCUAAUGCCGAUCCAGAGGCUCUUCUUGCUGCUCUACAUGCUGAGCGACAGAGCGCAGAGGAAGAGGCUAGACUGAAGAUGGAAAAGGAGGAAGACGAUGCACUGGUCGCUCAAUAUUUCGCCAAAGUAGCCGCAUCAAAGCCGACAAACGGAGAUUCCACUGUAGUGGAUCGUAAAGGCAAAGGCAAGGCAAAAGCGAUCGAGGAAGAGGCAGUGGACGGCGAUGAGGAGGAUGUGGCCCAAUCGGAUGGGUCAGAGGGUUCAGACGUUGCCCUUCCGGCACUCACCGUCAAACGACGACCUGUUCCUGGUGGUACCAAUGGAUCGGCGGCUGAGCCUUCCGUUUUCAGUCUCUUAGCGGCAAAAGGGAAGACUUUGGACUCGACAAAUGGGACUGCGAAUGGUGCAUCUACAGGGACGAACGGCGCUGCGCCUCUGGCACCUGGGGCCGUGAAGCGGAAGCGAGAAGGAAUGCAAAAGUUAUUAGGGAUCAAGACCAAAUCAAAGUGA